CAAUUUCUCCAUUCAAUAUUUCUUUCUCAAAUCACCAACAAUGGAAUUUUGGGGUGUUGAAGUUCAAGCAGGGAAGUCACUUAAAGUGAAGCCUGAAUUUGAAUCUGUCAUCCAUGUUUCUCAGGCAUCUCUUGAUAAAGGGAAGAAGGGAGAAACUGCUUUUUUAUAUGUGACAGUUGAUGGGAAGAAGCUUGUGAUUGGAACUCUCUCUCAAGGCAACAUUCCUCAGAUUAGCUUUGAUCUUGUCUUUGAGAAAGAGUUUGAGCUUUCCCACUCUUUAGAGAGUGGAAGUGUUCACUUUGUUGGCUACAAAUCCCCAAACAUGGUAGAAGAUGAGGAUUUCUCUGAGUUAGAGGACGAUGAGGAGGAGGAAGAAGCUGCAGUUCCUGUUCCUGCAGCUGUCACUGCUAAUGGUUCAAAUGUUGUCAAGGCUGAUUCAAAACCAAAGGCUGCCAAGCCUGUGGAAGUGAAGCCUGAAUCAGAUGAGGAUGAUGAUGAGUCUGAUGAGGAGGAUGAUUCUGAAGAGGAUGGAUCAGACUCUGAGCAAGGAAUGGAUGUUGAUGAGGAUGAUUCGGAUGAUGAGGAAGAAGAUGAUUCAGAAGAUGAAGAGACACCUAAGAAGCCUGAGGUAUCCAACAAAAAGAGGCCGAAUGAAUCUGCUUCCAAAACACCUAUUUCAGCAAAGAAAGCAAAACCAGCAGAAGAGAAGAAAGGAGGACACACAGCUACACCACACCCAGCUAAAAAGGGUGGAAAGAGUCCUAUGAAUGCUAACCAGAGCCCUAAAUCUGGUGGUGGUUCUAACAAGAAGCAAUUCAAUUCUGGCAAGCAAUUUGGUUCUAACAACAAGGGCAAAGGAAAAGGAAAGGGCAGAGCCUAAAGUGGGAGUUUUGGACGUGAAAGAAACCUGUUUUUAUUUUUAUUUUGUUCUCGUAAGAUUUUUUAUCCAAAUUGCAAUUUUAUAACUAUUAUGUAAUUCAGUAUGCAAAUUGCUGGAUUGAGAAAGAAAAACUUUUUUUGAAUCAUGAAACUACUUUAC